GAAAUAUUUCCUAUUGACAGUGGUAGUUUGGGUUGUAGUUGAUGGACAACCAUGAUUCUAUUAGGAGUGUUUCUUAUGCGCUACGUGGCAUUUGUGAACGGCGAUGAUACAACUACCGUAGUAGGAGGUAAUACAUCGCCAGAUCAUAAAUAUCCAUAUCAAGUGUCUCUCCGAACUGGAAAUCCCCCUCAGCACUUCUGCAGCGGUUCAAUUAUCCAUGAAAAGUGGAUUCUAACUGCUGCUCACUGUGUUGAUAAACAGGAUUUGUCACAAGCUAUUGUUGUCGCUGGUACCAACUACUUGACCGAGGGAGGUGAGAGCUACAAAAUCUCCUGCUGCAUCGUUCAUCCGGAUUACGAGGACUGGCACUACGAAGAUAUCGCACUACUCCGUAUGGAGAAACCCAUCCUAUUCAACAGCUUCGUGGUACCGAUUCCAUUACCUCAAGAGGAUAUCACGGACUUCUCUGUUCUUGCUAAUUUCGCUGGAUGGGGCCGAACAGAAAAUCGUGGAGCAAUUCCCAAUGAACUCCAGGAGAUAAAAUUGAAAAUCAUUUCCUUUGAGAAUUGUAAGAAAAUGCGUCGGGAGAUUACAGAAGAGCACGUCUGCACGUUGAAUGACCAUGGCCAUGGAACCUGUCAGGGAGACUCUGGGGGCCCUCUAACAGUCAAUGGUGAGCAGGUGGGUAUCACGUCUUACUCAACAAGAUACUGCGCCAUCGGUUACCCUGAUGUCUUUACCAAGGUCUGGGCUUACACAGAUUGGAUCGAAGAGGUUCAGGAGAAAAAUGCAACGACUGUGUGUGCUCGCUGAAAUGAAUUGACUUAGGAGAACUAAUAAAAGUGCAGGAACAUGGAAUCUCGAAGUUUCCUUUAUUUUUGAAUGAUCAGUGGAACAAUGAGUGUGAAUAAAUUGAUUAAUUAUUUA